GUGGGUUCUGUUGUUCUAUGAUUGUUGGCGGACUGGAAGAAGAAGUAGUAGUUUUUUGUUAUAUGAAGGAUCGGUUUCUAAUUGUCCUUAACAAUAAUACGAAGCGUACGAGGUGGGACUGCUCCUUAGCCAUCCGAAGCCGCGGUAGAUGGGGGAAAUGUGGCUAGGGGAAUGCUCAUCGUUUCUUAAGAAUAUCGGGAGUAUUUGAAUUAAUUUCAGAAAUUCGGUUCGUUUGAUCAGGUGCUGCUUUUGAUCCUGCUUUUGGGGCAGAGCUUGAAUUUGGUCAGAAAUGCUGCCAAAUCACCGGAAGAAAUUUGAUGUUUGCUAAUUGAUGAAGAAGGACGGUAUCUGGUUUUACAUGAUAUCUAGGUUGUCUAAUGGAGGUUUGAGAUGGAUUGGUUUGAUGAACUGUUUCAUACUGUCUGACUGAGUGGCUACUUUUGAUGAACUAUUCUGUACUGGCUUUGUGCAAUUUUUUUUCCUUUAUAUUAAUUUAUAUUUCAAAGGGGGACAGCUGUGGUAGCAUUGAAAUUUUAUCUUUUUAUAUGCACACGUAGUUUAUGUGGAAAAAUUGAGGAUAAGCUUUUCAAUCGGUUGGAUUUAAUUCAGCAGAAAUGGAUUUCUUUUCUGAAUAUGGUGAUGCAAGCAGGUAUAAAAUCCUGGAGGUCAUAGGUAAAGGUAGUUAUGGUGUCGUUUGCUCAGCAAUCGACUCUCAUACUGGUGAAAAAGUGGCAAUAAAGAAAAUACACGGUAUCUUUGAGCACAUUUCUGAUGCUGCACGAAUUCUGCGGGAGAUAAAACUUCUGAGGCUUUUGAGACACCCUGAUAUUGUCGAAAUUAAACACAUUAUGCUUCCACCUUCAAGAAGAGAAUUCAAAGAUAUCUAUGUUGUUUUUGAGCUAAUGGAGUCAGAUCUACAUCAAGUCAUUAAAGCUAAUGAUGACUUGACACGAGAACAUUAUCAAUUUUUCCUUUACCAAUUGCUCCGAGCCCUCAAGUAUAUCCACACAGCUAAUGUGUAUCAUCGAGACCUAAAGCCAAAGAAUAUUCUGGCAAAUGCAAACUGUAAACUUAAAAUUUGUGAUUUCGGAUUGGCUAGAGCAGCAUUCAAUGACACACCAGAAACAAUUAUUUGGACGGAUUACGUUGCUACAAGAUGGUAUAGAGCUCCAGAAUUGUGUGGCUCCUUUUUCUCAAAGUACACUCCAGCAAUUGACAUAUGGAGUAUUGGUUGCAUUUUUGCCGAGGUUCUGACUGGUAAACCUCUUUUCCCUGGAAAGAAUGUCGUUCAUCAGUUGGAUUUGAUUACUGACGUUCUUGGGACGCCUUCAAUGGAUACCAUCUCACGGGUUCGUAACGACAAGGCUAGAAGGUACCUUACUAGCAUGAGAAAGAAGCAGCCUGUCCAGUUUUCUCAGAAAUUUCCUAAUGCCGAUCCAUUAGCCCUUCGACUCUUGGAGAAGCUGCUUGCUUUUGACCCAAAGGAUCGUCCAACUGCUGAGGAGGCACUGGCUCAUCCGUACUUUAAGGGACUAGCAAAAGUUGAGAGGGAACCUUCAGGGCAGCCAAUUUCGAAGAUGGAAUUUGAAUUUGAAAGGCGAAGAGUUAUGAAGGAGGAUGUUCGCGAGUUAAUAUUCCGUGAGAUACUAGAGUAUCAUCCUCAGCUGCUGAAGGAUUACAUCAAUGGAGUUGAGAGAACUAAUUUUCUCUAUCCAAGUGCCAUUGAUCAAUUUAAGAAUCAGUUUGCUCAUUUAGAAGAAAAUGGUGGUAAAAGUGGAACUGCAUUUCCACUGGAAAGAAAGCAUGUUUCUCUUCCUAGGUCCACCAUUGUACAUUCCAAUACGGGACCACUAAAAGAUCAGACAACUAUUGCAAUUGCAAGGGAUAGGCAGAAUUGUGAGGAAUCAUGCACCAGCAGAAACUUGAGAGGUUUUGUUGGGCAUCAUGAUAGUUUAUCGAGAAAUUUGCAGCCACACCAGAGGAUUCCAUACGUUUUCCCUCUUAGCUCGCCAGCUAGACCAGGCAAAGCCGUCCAGCCCACUAAAGAUGCGUACGACCCCACAUCCCUUGUUAGGACCAGCGUCAUGAACAUAGACAACACCAAUCCAUUUUUCGAGGCCCAGCCCAGGCCCAAUAAGUUGGGGGAUGAGAGAGCAGUGAUGAUGGACACAAGCCUGCUCCAGUCGAAAGCCCAAUAUGGCGGGGGUCAUGGGGUGGUUGCGGCUACUGCCACCACGAAUGUGGGGGUUAUGCACAGGAAAGUUGGUGUUUUGCAGUAUGGUAUGGCGAGAAUGUAUUAGCCGAGCUGUGUUGGUGUGUGGGUGAGUGAGUGAGUGGUGAAGGAGGAAAAAGGUUACUGCCACUGGGGAAUUUAAGGUACGGGUAUAACUAUAAUCACUCUAAACCUUUUUUUCUCUUGUCACACUAAUAAAAGUAUAUUUGAUGAUAGUCAGUUUUUACAGUUUGGAUUGUGUGCUCUAUGCUGUAUGCAGCACACACAUACAAGGUAGAAUUGCACGAACCAAUUAGUCGGUCUAAAUUUCUGGAAAAGUUUUAAUCCGGUUAAUCGGACCAUGAUCUUCCUGUUAUUUAUACAACGCACUGGAUUAAUGUUUAGAUAGGAUAAUAUUGUACUGGUCAUGCAUUUGAUUCCCUUCCUAACAUUUGAUAUAAUGUGUAAAAGACAAUUUUAUCCCAUUCAUAGUGGCUUCAUUUUCUGUCUCAUCAGUGGAAGUGUGAACAGUUAUC